UUUCUUCCAUCAACUUCAGCAUCGAGCAGACGACGUUUCGUUUAGCUCUUUCGUUUUUUUUGUGUCUACUGCUGAGAGCAACUUCAUCCAAAAGAAAAAGAAUAAAUACUCGCACAUUUAACUAAAGAAAAACUUAAAAGUGUUAAGAAAAUUUUUAUUCAGUAUUCAGUGCAUAAUUAGCUUCGAAAAUUUCAACCAACACUCCAUAGGAUCAAUUUAGAAAAAUUAAACUAAAAAACCUAUCCACAAUCUACCCAUAAUCGAUUCUCAAGUAGCUAGCCUCUCCGGGCCGUAAUAAAUAAUAAAUGUCUGAAUUGCAGUCAUCCCUCUUGCUUAAAAAGCAACUAGGAGAAUUAAACAAAAAUCCUGUGGAAGGAUUCUCAGCUGGCUUAAUCGAUGACUGUGAUAUAUUUCGAUGGGAGGUCCUCAUAAUCGGUCCACCGGACACACUUUAUGAAGGAGGUUUUUUUAAGGCCCAUCUGCAUUUCCCAAAAGAAUAUCCACUUCGGCCUCCACGCAUGAAGUUCGUCACAGAGAUCUGGCAUCCAAAUAUCGAAAAGAACGGUGACGUUUGCAUUAGUAUCCUUCACGAGCCUGGCGAUGAUAAAUGGGGUUAUGAAAAGGCAUCUGAACGUUGGCUUCCCGUGCAUACGGUUGAAACAAUUUUGAUAUCAGUGAUAUCAAUGCUAGCCGACCCCAAUGAUGAGUCACCAGCUAAUGUUGAUGCAGCCAAGGAAUGGAGAGAGUCUUAUCCAGAAUUUAAACGUAAAGUAGCUCGUUGUGUCCGAAAAAGUCAAGAGGAAUGCUCGUAGAAUUUUUUGUAUCUAUUUAAAUUUAAAAGAAAUUAUUUAACUGAUUUUUUGCCGUUUACCAUAAGUAAACAAAUUGUAAACAAGCAGAAAAUGUAAAAGAUAAAAAAAACAACAACAACAACAACAACCAACCAAUAACAACAACAACAACAAAAAAGUACUAUUAUGCAUUGUUUUGCUUAAAAACCAGCCAAUACGCAAUUGAUAAGAUUCGUAAAUUUAUAAAUAUUAAAAGAAAACAAAAUAAAAUAAAAUUUAUAUCCAACAAACAAAAAUUUCCUAAAUUAAAUGAAAACAAAAUAAAAUAAAUAAAAAAACAAUACUUUUA